CCCUCAUAUCUUUUGUUCUCUCUGUGAAGUAAUCCCGAAAGGCAACAUCAUUUAGGUGUUAUUCUUCUACCGCCUCCCUACCCUGUUCUUGGGUGACUUCUUCAUCUCGGGCCACAAUGGCAUCCGAUGCCUUUCAUGAUAAUAAAUCGGACGAUGAGCCCGAUUCCGCAAUCAUGCAUGAUACACCCGAGUACGAAUUUAAACUCGAAUAUCAACCAGAUGAGCUACAUCUGAUCAUCGAACAAAACGACGUGCCCCGUCUCCUUCGCUACAACGAACAAGCAAAAGAGCGUGGUGAGGAUAUUUUCAGCCGGAUGAAAGUAAGCUUUUCCGGCUACUACCCGCUGCCGCCAUUCUAUUCCGCGGCUUAUCAUGGAAGUCUUGACACUUUACGCGCCCUGAUAGACAUUUAUCGAUCCGACCCCGCGCACCGGCAGCCGCUGGAAGAAUAUCUGCAGGGACUUGACUUUCGACUGCUCAACCUCGCCUGUGCCAACGCCGAUCGAAAGAUGACACGGUUCCUGCUCGACCAUCAACCACCCCUGGGCGCGUGGCGGGAUCGGGACCCCAGGGGGGCGACCCCGCUGGUCUGUGCUGCACAAGCUUUUCCCGGUAAUGUGCAGGCUUUGGAGAGAAAGAUGAAGGAGACAAGUCCCGCGGGGAUCCGAGAGAAGUUGCAAGAGCACCACGCUCGCUAUGGCGAGUUUAUCGAGUUCUGUUUGGCCAGUGGUGCUUCGGUCCGCGAGGCGGAUCAAUACAUGCUUCCCUAUCAACUCGGACGGCAGGCCCAGCCUGGCGAUAAGGAGAUCCUGGGGGACACUGUGUUGGGAAAUGUGGUAACCCGCGCCAGCUAUGCAAUGGUGUCCCGCUUGAUCGCGGCAGGCGCCGAUGCGCAUGUCGUGCAGACGUGGUAUGAUUCCUGUGGCUUUGAUCAUGGUUUGCGGUGCGGCGGGGUCACACCGCUGCAUAUUGCCAGCCAACACUGGAAUCUGGACGCGAUACAAGCGCUAGUGGACCACCGCGGUCGGAUCGGACUGGCCGAAAUGGUAACGAGAAGGGAUGACAACGGACUGCCACCACUCCAUUGGGCGUUAAUGGGCGACAAGGACGAAAUAGCCACCUUGACUCCUUCGGAAGUGACCUCGCGCCUAUUGCGCACUGUGAAAUUGCUUCUUGACAUUGGGCCUGCGAUGGUCAAUGUGAAGGAUCAAGCAAACAAGACAGUGCUGCACUAUGCGAUUAACAGUCGUGUGGGGGAUGCCGACUGUCUCGCAGCAGUGAAAUUGCUUCUGGAGUACAGACCCGACCGGGACAUCCUGAACGCCCGGGACACCGACGCGGACAGACCGGGCUCAACUGUUUUGCAUUACGCUGUAUCACAUCGCACAGAUGACGGCGUCCGGUGUGAAAUAUUUUUGCAGCUGUUUGAUAUUCUAGUUAUGCAUGGGGCAGAUCCGAGCAUGUGCGAUGAGUCUAGUCGAACCAUGUUGUACAGAUUGGCCAUGAGAGACAGCAAUACCAGGCUAAUUGAUGCUGAGACCUUGGAGAAGAUCCUGCCACUGGUCAACAUCAACAAUUCCGAUGUGAACGGCGAUACCGUACUGCAUUAUAUUGCAAGGAGACUUCCUCAAACCCACGCAGUUUGUAUACUGCUCAGCCGGGGUGCCAACGUUAACGCAGUCAACAAGAAGGGAAAUGCUCCGCUACAUCUAGCUGUUGGGGCAAGUAUCUUUCCCAGGGGACGACGGAUGGAUGACGGCGAAAUUGUGGAAACUCCGCUUGCAGAAGGGUUUAACGCGCUCGAGAAGAUGAUCAAGAUUCUCCAGGAUGCUGGGGCCUCCAUGGAUCAAGCCAACCUUGCAGGAGAAACACCGCGCGAGAUAUUGAAAGAGACCCGAGAACGAUGGGCGCGGGGAGACUUCAGUCCUCGCUGGAGAUAGCAUCGCCUUGGCCUAAAGAUUAGCAACCAUUAUUUAUGGACGGUGAUUAGGUUUAGUCUUUUUCCAGGGACCACAAAUAGGAGAGUGGAGAAGAGGAACCGGUCCAGAGAAGAGAAUGGUAACGUUACUGUAGAUAGAGAAGGCGGCAAUGAAUUCAUCCCCGGCGGGGCCAAAACCCCCGAAUCCCCCCACAUGCGGG